UAAAUGAUAAUAAAUCCAAAUAAUACCGAAGUACCGAAUUAUUUUCGAAAUAUUAUGUAAAGUUGUAAAGUCCGUGUAAUUGGCGUGUAUAAUAAUUAAUAUUAUUUAAAUAUAAUAUUUUGCUAUUAAUUUAUUAAAACACCAAAGGAAGAAAUAAGAAGGCCAGAAAUAUUGUGUAAUAAAUAUAAAUGUUUUGUGACAUUCGUACAUUUGUAUAGUCCACGGGGCACGGACCCACGAUAGUAAUGUAGUAUACUAAUAUAAUACUAUUGUUAUAAUUAUUUGUUCUUCACUACGAACUACAAGUUAAUAGGUUAAAUUUCCAUUUUGAUUCUUUAAAUUGUUUAUACCGACUAUUUGCUGGCCACUUCCAUUAUGAGUAUUCUCAAUUGGAUUAGUAAAAUAUUUAACAUUGAUAUCACGAAACCCAAUUUAGAUUUGCCUUCAGAAUUUCAACUACCUACUGAUGAUGCUGAAAAUAUUAAUACCAAAAUGCAUAAUUUAGAAAUUAAUGAUUUUACUGAUUCAUUCAAUAGAAGAAACCAUCAUGAUAAUGAUAGAAAUAUGUUUAAUAUUGAAGAUAUCUUUAGAUUAAUGGAAUUAGAAUUUCAAAAUUUACAAAAUCAUAUUAAUGAAUCUGAAAUUUCUGGGAUUCCAAUUAAUCAACCAUCAAAUAUGGAACACUUAAAUCGUAUACCAAAAAAAAAUUUUAUAGCACAAAGUACUUUUCUUAAUCCUAGUUCUAUAUCUUCAAGACCUUGGGAUGAACCUUCAAUUAACAUAACAAUAAAGAAUUCUGGACCACAAUAUUUUGAAAAGUUUGGCAGCUCUUCUUCGAGGUCUUCUUAUGUAUCUAAAAACUGGAAUGGCAGAAUAAUUGAAAAAGAAACCUCCACAAAUCAGAUACAAGAUGGAAUUAUAGAAACAGUUACUAUUAUGAAAGACGGGGGUAAAAAAUGUGUAGAAACAAUAACAGAAAAUUCAAAAACUGGAGAAAGAGUUGAAAAACUACAAUUAUCCAAUUUGGAUCAAAAUGAAUUGAAUGAAUUCAAAAAACAGUUUUCAAACUUCUAACGGCAUAAAUAAGUUUGUGAAUGAAUAGACACAAAAUUACAAAAAUAUAGUAAUUUCCAGGUGUAAACAUACAAAACAGAAUUGAAUCAUUAUUUUGUGGAAAAUAUUAUUAUGGUGACAUAGUUACAAUAUAUUAUGACUCUCAAAAAUUAAA